AUGAAUGGCGUCAAGGGUUCCCAGCCGAAGGCUCGUUGGCUUGCUAGCCUGGUGACGGGAGCCGGGAAGGAUCUUUGUAAAGAGACCAAACGACUGAGUAUAUCCCGGAGCCCUCCUCUUCCGAUCGGGUAUGAACGCAGAAAGCAGGAUGUUCCUCAGGUCAAGCCCUCUUAUGUUACUGGCACCGAAUUUCGGAAGUUUAGUCCAUAUGCAACUCUUCGCCAGACAUGCGCAAAAGCCGAAAAUACUCAGACUCCUGUGGUUGUAUCCGUUGUUGAGGUUUUCGAGAUGGACGAUGUCGAUGUUGGUGAUGGGUCAAGCGAAAUUGGCGAGUCCCAGCCGUGUCUAUUUCCUCGGGGUUAUAUUCCUUCUCCUCUUAACCCAUGGAAGCAUGUCUUUCCUCACUGCACUCCUGAUGGUAGUCGUAGCCCGCGCAAGAACAGUAUUGUGAAGAGCAAAUAUAGCCCUAAGGGUUCCAAGUUUGAUCACGAACCUCCCCUGAUCCAGAUUCUCUUUCGAUCCAGGUUUCCCAAAAGUGGCUGUCGAAGAAGCAACAGCCGACUAUGUUACGACAUUUUGUAG